AAAGGGGUAUUUUCAUGGGUUUGCCUUGGUAUCGUGUCCAUACCGUCGUGUUGAAUGAUCCUGGCCGGUUAAUCGCUGUGCAUAUAAUGCAUACAGCUCUAGUUUCUGGAUGGGCCGGUUCGAUGGCUCUUUACGAAUUAGCAGUUUUCGAUCCAUCCGAUCCUAUUCUUGAUCCAAUGUGGAGACAAGGUAUGUUCGUUAUACCUUUUAUGACUCGUUUAGGAAUAAAGGAUUCAUGGGGUGGAUGGAGUAUAACCGGAGAAACCGGAUCUAAUCCAGGUAUUUGGAGUUAUGAAGGUGUGGCCGGGGCACAUAUUGUGUUUUCUGGCUUGUGCUUUUUAGCAGCUAUCUGGCAUUGGGUAUAUUGGGAUCUAGACGUAUUCUGUGAUUCCCGUACAGGAAAACCUUCUUUAGAUUUGCCUAAGAUUUUUGGAAUUCAUUUAUUCCUCUCAGGAGCAGCUUGUUUCGGAUUCGGAGCGUUUCAUGUAACGGGUUUGUAUGGCCCUGGAAUAUGGGUGUCUGAUCCUUAUGGACUAACUGGAAAAAUACAGCCUGUAAAUCCGGCAUGGGGAGCUGAAGGUUGA